AUGGCAAAGAUAAAGUCGGUAGAGCCAUCAAAAGCCGUCGAGUCGGUCGUCUCGUGCGUCGCCGUCGGCCCUACUCCGAUCGUCGCAGGCAGUCCGAGCGUGCUCUGCACGUCGGCGCUCACCGUCACCUUCCUCCGAUUUUGGAUGACGGCCGCACCGCGCACGAUCUUGAGCCCCGUCACGAGGCAGCAGCUUGCCUUGUCCCCGCGACUGCUCAUGUAG